CAAACUGGGCGGCGGGUAAAAAUAAGUGAGCUGGUGCCAGACAGCAUUCGUAGCCUUAAAGAGAGCUAAAACAAGACAAAAUGGCCAAAACCUUGCAGGGGAUAACUUUGAAAGGAAGUUCCGAACUCGUUGCUGAGUUUUUCUCAUUUGGGAUUAACAGCAUCUUAUACCAGCGGGGCAUCUAUCCUGCAGAGACCUUCACCAGAGUCACUAAGUAUGACAUGAGUCUCCAGCUCACCACUGACCCCAAACUGAAGAACUACCUCACCAACGUGGUGACACAACUCAAAGAAUGGCUGUUUGACUGCACAGUGCAGAAGCUGGUGGUGGUGAUCACGUGCCUUGAGACAAACGAAGUACUGGAGAGAUGGCAGUUUGACAUAGAGUGUGACAAGACAGCCAAGGAGAGCAGUGCUCCCAGAGAGAAGUCGAUGAAAUCCAUCCAGGAAGAAAUUCGCUCAGUUAUCAGACAGAUCACAGCCACAGUCACCUUCUUACCCUUGCUGGAAACAGCCUGUGCAUUCGACCUCCUAAUCUACACAGAUAAGGAUCUGGAGGUCCCUGAGCAGUGGGAGGAGUCUGGGCCACAGCUUAUUAACCAAUCGGAGGAGGUUCGGCUUCGCUCGUUCACUACGUCCAUCCACAAAGUCAACAGUAUGGUGGCCUACAAAAGAACAAACUCCAUGUAACCAUGCUCUCCAUUCUGUCCCUCUCUAUUUUUCUGUACAUAGUUUUCAUGUCUUUUUCCAAAAAAAAAAAAAUUCUCCUUUUUUCUGAGGUUUUUAUGGCUGUAUGUCUGAAAAUAAAAUAGUAAUAAAAAAAAUC